CCUUUCUUCAUCAAGUCGCGACGACGGUUUCCUCUUCUACAGACUCUCCAGUGGCAGAGCCACCGCCCACAGUUCUUACUCUUCUUCUCCAAGACUCCAGUUUUCGUCUUCCUCGGGUCAUCAUCUUCGAGUGCUGAUUCUGUAUUGACGAAAACCUAUUUGAAUAGGAAGAUGCCGUCUUUCCCUCAGCCUGGCUCGGUAACCAUAUGUGAAAUCAACCGUGAUUUGAUUACGGCUGAAGCCCUUUCAGAUGAUCAAGCAAAGGAAACCUAUGGAAAAAUUCUUGGAAUUGUAUUUAGGCCCAUCCCCUUUGGGACUGAUCAUCUGUUGCUGUCUAGUGCUGAUCAGAGCUCAGAACAACAGUCCGAUAGCCGAACUAAGGAGAAAGAUGUAAAUUCCGGUUGGUUGGCAGCACUGCCAAUGACCCUGACCAAAUCCUUCAAAUAUCUUUUCCAGCCCAAUGACGUUAAGUUAUUGCCACAGGUUGAUCUUCACGGAAUAAGUUGGCAUCAACACAAGCAUAUUUUAGCAUUCAUCUCAGGGCCAAAUGAUGUUACAGUCUGUGAUUAUGAGGAUUCAGAAGGAAAGGAUCCAUGCAUUUUAACCAGUGAGUCCCAAAGAGGUGUGAAACUCAUUCAAUGGAGGCCAAAUGAUGGGAGAACACUAUCUGUAGCAUGCAAAGGAGGAGUUUGCAUCUGGACAGCUUCAUAUCCUGGGAACAUUGCUUCCGUCAGAUCUGGAGUUUCCUCUGGCACUCUGUCUAGGAGUACUGGAACGAGAUGGACUGUGGUUGAUUUUCUUCGAAGUCAUGAUGAAGAACAAAUUACUGCACUCUCUUGGAGUCCUAGUGGAAGAUAUUUGGCCUCUGGUUCAUGUGAAAGCUCAUCAUUCACCAUCUGGGAUGUUGCUCAAGGGUUAGGCACACCCAUUCGACGAGGAUUAGGAGGCAUAUCAGUACUAAACUGGUCUCCAAGUGGAGAUUAUUUUUUCUCUGCUAAGUUUGACGGAACAUUUUAUCUUUGGGAAACAAACACAUGGACAUCACAACCAUGGUCAUUAAAUAACGGCUUUGUCAAGGGAAGCACAUGGGAUCCAGAUGGACGCAUGAUACUUAUUACCUUUUCUGAGUCCUCAUCUUUAGGUGCCAUCCAUUUUUCUUCCAAGCCUCCAUUGCUAGAGGCGCAUCUUUUACCUGUUGAUUUACCGGAUAUUAAAACCCUGACAAACAGUAUUGACAAAAUCGCAUGGGAUGCUUCUGGUGAGCGAUUGGCUGUGUCUUACAAAGACGUGAACAAGAUAUACAAGGGUCUUAUUGCCAUUUAUGAUGUUAAGAGAACUCCAUUUAUUUCUGCGUCGUUAAUUGGAUUCAUUCGAGGACCAGGAGACAACCCACAACCAAUAACAUUCUCAUUUCACGACAAGUUCAAACAAGGACCGUUACUCUCUGUUUGCUGGAGCAGUGGUUUUUGCUGUACUUAUCCUCUCUUGUUUCGUUCACAUAAUCUUCCUUAAGAAUGGUUAUUUUGUUAUGGAAGGAUUUUUGCAUAGUGUGAUUGAAUGAAUAUUUGGAAUGAACAACAUUAGUUUUCAUCGAUAUGAUAUAAAAUUUCGGUGUCUUAUCUUUU